UCAAUGAAUUAUUUUGACUAAACAUUGAAUGGAUAGGAAUUAGCAGUGAAUCCAAUGACAGUGUGUUAUCAUUGAUGCUAUCAUUGAUGUGUUAAGUGAAAUGCUUGAGUUUGGAGGUCCGUCAGCACCGGCACCACCUAAUAACGCGUCCUCAAUGUUAUCGAUGAUUAACAUGAAUAAUGUGAUGCACGAGGCGGCCAACCGACAGAACCCCUUCCACCUGUUGGGGUCGUCCACCGGCCCCCUCUCGGCACUGCACUCCAUGGCUGACCUCAAAGUCAACACCGGAGUGUCGCCCUCAUCCAUCUCAUCCAUGCCCGUCAACUCCCAUUACCGCGGCUCUCCUCCGGCCGUCAAGCAGUCCAUUCCCACCACCACUUCCUCAUCGUCUCCUUCAGCCAUCAGUUCAUCGUCCACAUCAUCGGCUGCUUCGGGAACUUCUCAUUACAUACACGACAUCCUGAGUCGUCCGUCGGCGGUCCCCUUCUCGACCACUCAGACUCAGUUGAAUACAGCGUUGGCGGGGGCUCUGCCCCGGUUCAGUCUGAGCGCCGCUGCCGUGGCCGCGCAGGGCAUGUACUUCAACCCAACCAACGGAUUGAGCCAUAAGUUGGCCACAAUUGGGGACCUGUCGGGCCGGCACCUGUACUGGCCCAGUAUGGUUCAGAAUCAGGCGCUUUGGAGGGAACGGUUAGCCGGUGCAGUGAGUCAGCAGUGUUUAGACAAAGACGGCAAGAAGAAGCACACGAGACCCACCUUUUCUGGACAUCAGAUCUAUGUCCUCGAGAAGACCUUCGAGCAAACAAAGUAUUUGGCCGGACCUGAGAGGGCCAAACUCGCCUAUGCCUUAGGAAUGUCCGAAAGUCAAGUCAAGGUUUGGUUUCAAAAUAGACGAACCAAAUGGAGAAAGAGACACGCGGCAGAGAUGGCGACGGCUAAGAAGAAGCAUCAAAACAAUUUAGACCUCUCGGGUCAGGAGGACAUGUCCUCUGAUGAAGAGGCAGAAGAGAUGUCCGACAAGAGGCUUAAGAAAGAGCACCCAUUUUUGACACAUGCGAUGACAUUACCUCCGAGUUAGGGGUGCUUUUUGUUAAGACACUCGUGCGAAGUGCAGUUAAAUGUAUUUUUUCUCAUAAAAUGGUGUUUUUCAAAAAAUUAGUGCAAUAAACGAGUUGUUUUGAUCUUUUCCAACAACUUUUGAACAUUUGAUUUGAUUUAAACAGACAUUUGAACGCAAAUUCUCUCUUCUUUUGUGACAAAUAUAUUAUAAUUUCUGGA